AACUCUUAGUACUUCCGGUUCAUUGCCUUUAUCGAUACAUCGCUCUGACUGAGAUUCAGCGACAUGAGCUUUAUUUUACACCACUAACAGUUAAAAUCCAUUCUUUGUAUUUUACUGUAGACUCGGGAUGAAUUCCGGUGGUUUACAGGGAACAGAGGAAGAGUUUUGAAGCUGAAACAGGAAGUUGUUGUUCACUUGGACCAACGUGUGCUCUGACAACAACAGAUGGAGAGAGAGAAGCUACAGGCUCAUUUAAACCCUUAAAUACAUUUAACUGAGGUUAACUGAGCAACAGCAGCUUCUCAUGCUGGCGGGUUGUUGAGGGAUCAGCUUGAUCCACGGUGCUGUGUCCGGUAUGAGCUCUGGGGACAGGGAGCCUGGGACCCCCUGGGACAAUGUGAAGGAAGAGCCCACCUGCUCAGGUGAAAACAGCAAACAUGAGUCGGCCAUAUGCUCAGGCAGCACUGAAAUUAAGAGCUGUGCCGUGGUAAAGUACUCAGCCGCCCCUCCACCGACCAGCUAUGCCUUGCUGCAGGAGAAGACCGACCUUAAGCUGCCUCCCGCCAACUGGCUGAGAGAAAACCCUCAGCUGGGCAGCGCGGGAACCACCGUACUAGGCUCCAGCAGCAAGAGCAAGCCUUUUUCUAGUUUUGGGAUGGCCUACGAAUUCAUUGACUGCAUCGGGGACGAUGUUGACGUGGUGUCAGACUCUGAGAACAUCAAGAAGCUUUUGAAAAUUCCCUACAGCAAGUCUCACGUCAGCAUGGCCGUUCACCGCGUCGGGAGGACCCUGCUUUUGGACGACCUGGACAUUCAAGAGCUCUUCAUGAAGUCUUCUCAGACCGGAGACUGGACGUGGCUAAAAGAGUUUUACCAGCGGCUAAUAGAUGAGAAGUGGCAGAGGAAAAAGAAGAGUAAAGAGCACUGGUAUCAGAGAGCCAUCCUGUCAAAGUUCCUCUACUACAGUAUAAAUGGUGAUGGAGCUGCAGAGCCUGUACCAGACAACCUGAAUGAAGGGGAGGUGGAGAACGAGGCAGAGGAGUUCAGCUCUACAUGGCCCACCUCCUUCACCAGCACGCCGUCUGAAGCAGAAGAGUCAGACACUGCCAAGCAGGAAAGCGUUUCUUUGGACAGCAACUUUGCUCUGGGCCAAGUGACGGCUGUACUCAAAGAGCAAAACCUCCCAACUCUGUUCAACGAGGGGGAAAACAGUCAGGGUUUAAGAAACGACUUUGUGCGAAACAUCAUGUGGACGUUCGAGGAUAUCCACAUGCUGGUCGGAUCCAACAUGCCUAUUUUCGGAGGGGGUCGUUAUCCUGCCGUCAGUCUGAGACUCAGGGACAACAAUAAACCAAUCAACAUUCUGACAGGUAUCGACUACUGGCUCGACAAUCUGAUGUGCAAUGUCCCCGAACUGGUCAUGUGUUUUCACGUUAAUGGCAUCGUUCAGAAAUACGAGAUGAUAAAGACAGAGGACAUCCCUCAUCUGGAGAACUCGAAUUUCUCCACGAGGGUUGUGAAAGACAUCGCCCAAAAUAUUCUUUCCUUCCUAAAGUCCAACUGCACCAAAGAGGGUCACACCUACUGGCUUUUUAAAGCCAGUGGGAGUGACAUCGUGAAGCUUUAUGAUCUUACUACCUUGUGUGAGGAGGCUGAAGAAGGGAAAUGUCAGAAUCCCUUCACUCUCCCUGUGGCUGUGUUACUAUACAGAGUGGCCAGCAACCUAAUGCUGAAGGCGAGACAGAACAGGAAGCACUAUGGCACAGUCCGAACGCUGCUCUUAAACUGCGUCAAACUUCUGGAUCAGGAGAGGCAUCCGCAGAUCACCGCCUCAGCCCACUACAUGCUGUCAGAGCUGUUCCAGCUCGACGAGCCCCCUGAGGAAGGAGGAGAGUCGCUCCGGGCCGGCGGCUCCGAGGACAGCUACAGCGACGAAGACAGGGAGGAAGACGAGGAGGCAGAGUUGACGGAGGACAGUGAUGAGAAUGGCUCCUACAGCAACUGCUCCAACCCACAGGAUGACAGUAAAGCUGUGGCUGUUAUUCGCUCUGUAGGGGAGCUGUCUGUGCCGGAGAAAUACAAAUCUACCCACCAGAUCAGACCAAGUGGAGCUUUCCCCGUUUCUCAAGACAAGGAGGAGCGAUGCAGACACGUCCUGAGCUACGUACUAAAGGGCCUGAAGGCAGUGGAUGGAAGCAUUAAGAAGGAGAGCGACCUCCCAGCCGCGGACCCCAACACACCAAUCCCUCUCAAAUAUGAAGACAGAAAUGCUAUUGGAGCCUGCGCCUCCGAGAAAGGCAUCUCUCUUCUUCUUGAGACAGCAGCGGGGCCCGUGCAGGGCGACCAGAAGCACCUGACGCGCUCGGGGAUGAUCCCUGGCUCGUGGCAGCACCACAUGAAGCUGCAGCUCUUCCUCAAAGCCUCCAAGGCCUACUUUGUCCUGUCUGAUGCCGCCACCAACUUACUGAAGUACGGCCGAGCUUUGCGCUACAUCAAGCUAUCUCUGCAGUGCUACGAUGCCUAUUGCUCAGUGAGCGGUACGCAGCACUCGCAGGUGCUGCAGUUCCACAGCCAGUGUCUGUCUCUGUGUGGAGACAUCCAGCUGAUGUUGGCCCAGAACGCCAACAACAGAGCCGCUUACCUUGAGGAGUACAGCUACCAGACCAAAGAGGACCAGGAGAUCCUGCACAGCCUGAACAGAGAGAGCAGCUGCCAAGCCUUCAACAUGGCAGCAGACCUGUCGAUGGACCCGGAGUACCAGCUGUUUGUCAGCAGUAAAUGUUACGAGGCAGCAUAUGAACUGCUCAUCUCCGAGGCUUUGAAAGAUCAGGAGUCAGAUCAACUGGCUCAGUUGCUCAGACGGCUGGGAAACAUCCGCAAUGAGAUGGGAGUGUACUACAUGAACCAGGCGGCAGCCAUGCAGACUGAGAAAGAAGUAAAGAAGUCUGUGUCCGUAGCAGAACAGGAGAUGUGGAAAAAAAGUUUUUCCUACUUUGAGAAAGGUAUGAAGGACUUUGAAGCCAUCAGGGACAGCACCAACUCGGCCUUGCUGCUGUGUAACACUGGCCGACUGAUGAGAAUCUGCGCUCAGGCUCACUGCGCCGUCUCUGGCGACCAGAGCCGAGGGGAGUUCUCACCUGAAGAGGCACUCUACUACAACAAGGCCAUAGAUUACUACUUGCGGGCUAUAAGGUCACUGGCAAACCGAGCGAACCACCCACUAGUGUGGGACAGUGUAAACUGGGAGCUGUCCACUACCUACUUCACCCUGGCUACACUUCUGCAGGACUACGCCCCACUGUCCAGGAAGGCCCAGGAGCAGAUUGAGCGAGAGGUGACGGAGGCGAUGAUGAAAUCCCUGAAGUACUGUGACCUCCAGACUGAGUCGGCUCGUCAGCCGCUCUACCAGUACAGAGCUGCCACCAUCCACCACCGCCUGGCCUCUAUGUACCACAGCUGCUUCCGCAACCAGGUGGGAGACGAACACUUGAGGAAGCAGCAUCGGAGCCUGGCAGAGCUUCACUACAGCAAAGCUGUUUGUUUAUUCCUCAGCCUCAAAGAUGCGCCCUGUGAGCUGCUCCGCACGCUCCUGGAGAGGGUGGCCUUCGCUGAGUUCACAAUGGCAGGUCAGAGCAGCAGCGGGGCGAAGCUGAAGAGCCUGACUGGAGCUCUGGAGAUCAUGACAGAAAGUCGUCAUGCUUUCCAGCUCAUUCACAACGAGCUGAAGGAGGAGGAGGAGGAGCAGGUCGAGCCGAGUGAACCACACCCUGAGGACUCGGCUCAGUCUCCUGAUGUGGCCACCGGUCCCACCUCAGGACUGAACCUCCAGGAAGUGAUGAAGUUAAUCGGCGUGUUCGAGCCGAGCUUCUCCUUCCUGCUGCUGCAGCUCAUCAAACUGAUGACGACGAUGAAACGGAAACCAAGCAAUAAAGAUGAGGAGCUGUUGAAAACAUAUAAGAAUGUCUACUCCAAGCUGCUGCGAGCGGAAAAAAACGCACCUCUCCUCAGCCGGGUCAGCGUCUACAAAGACCUGCUGCAGCAGCUGACCCCGCAAACAGGAAGUGACGACACAGGUACACCUUCAUGAUGACGAGGAGGACACUCUAGACUUUGACGCUGCUCCCCCACACCUUGCUGGACACCCAGACUGAAUUCUUGGGAACACCUGACAACUGUCUUCACAAAAAACUGACAUCAGUAUUAACGGACUCAUCCUGAGGCAACUGUCUGACUCUGAAUAACGGUUUCAAAGCUAAUUUCACCUCCUGCGCCUUAUAAACAAGUUCAUCUUUUUAUAACAUUUGCAUCACAGGUUUUGAUUUGUUCAUUUUUUUGUUGUAAAUUCGAAAUGUGUUAUUUAAUUGUCUUUAUUGCUUACGCAGUUGUGAUUCACCGUUAAACCUUCUCUCUGUUGGAUUUGUUGAGUGCAUCCGCCAUUAGUAAAAUUUCAAAUUACACAUAACUACUACAUACAGGGCUUAAAAAUACAUAUAUCGUUCGGCAAAGGCUCAGAAAAAAAUAAUACAUUUCACUAUAAUUGUUAUAUUUGAUAUUCAGUAACACAAGUAAUGCUGUGAAAAAGGUGUGGUUGAAGUUUGACAAAUUGAAAUAAGCUCAAAGUAGUUAUUUGCUUUCCAAAAAAGAAAUGUGCAAUACUUUGGCAACAUCCAAUGCAAACUGAAGAGUUUGUCCACAUGGCUGUUUGUAUGUAUGUAUAAAUGUGAGUUUAUAUCAGCAUGGUUUGCUGUGACAUGGAAAUAAAAGGUUUUUAAAUUUUA